CAAACCAAAACUAAAAAAGAACAUUUGCAGGAGGUAUAAGAUGGCAUUAGAAAAUUGAAUGUUAUUAAUUUCUUCAUCCACUUCCACUAUUUCAAAAUCAAAAUGAUUCUUAUGUUCUUCCUUGGAUGAUGGCGCUUCAACUUUGCUAUAUGUGAAGGGAGUUCUGAAAAAAACUUGAGGAAGAAGAAAAGAUUUCAAUAAGCUAUGUUGAUAAAGGGAGAUGGAGAAUGAUAUAGAGGGUGUGCAUUGGUGCAACAUAUGCUCUAAAAUGGUGAAUCCAAUGAGUGAUGAUGAGAACAUAUGCCCUUUUUGUGAGACAGAAAUUUCUGAGGUAAUGGACAACCUAAGGGACCAGAAUGAUGUUGUUGACUUAAGGUCAGCUUGGGUGUUCUCACUCUACGCCCCGAUUUUUCUCGGUUUGAUGGGUGUUUUCAGCCCUUCCCUAGCAAGAAUUGCUUCACAUGGAGGCAGCAGCUCAAGGGGGGUGGAAGAAGAGGUUGAGCAAGAGAGGGAAAAUGAGCUUGUGCUUGGGAGAAGGAGAAGAACUUCAACUUACAUGAUGCACCUCUUUCGUGGUCUUCACGUUAGGAUGGUGUCUGAACUUGAAAACCCUGAAGACAAUAGGAACAUGGAUGGCAGAAGCAUACUUGUGAUUGAUCCAUUCAGUGAAGGUGCAUUGAUUUUGAGGGGCCCUAACUUGAGCCACACAAGUAGCCCAAAUGAGAGUAAUGCUGUUGGCAGCUCCUUGAAUGACCUUGUGGUAGGAUCUGGCUUUGAUUUGUUGCUACAGCAUUUGGCUCAGAUUGGUCCUGGUGGGUAUUCAAGUGUGAACCCUCCGGCACAGAAGGCGGCAAUUGAGGCAUUGCCUAGUGUGACUAGUGAGGAGAAGUUGCAGUGCACAGUGUGCUUGGAGGAUGUUGAGGUUGGGAGUGAAGCAAAGGAGAUGCCAUGUAAGCACAAGUUCCAUGGUGAUUGCAUUGUCUCAUGGCUCAAACUUCAUGGUUCUUGUCCAGUUUGCAGGUUUCAGAUGCCAUCUGAGGAUUCAACUCUUGAAGCCAAUGUGGGAGUUGGAAAUGGGGACAAUCAGAACAGUGAGCUGGUCAGAGCUGGAGAAGAGAGACCAAGAAAUGGAAGGAGGAACUGGUUUCCUGUGCUGCAAUCAUUUAACAAUUUUCUUCCUUAUCCUUGAUCAAUACUUUGUUGGGUUUUAAAUUGCAGUCGUGGUUGUGGCUGUGGUUGUGGUCUCCUUGUGAUCCUUGACUUUGUGAGAAACUGCAAAAAGAUGCGAUUGAUGCUGCAAUUGUGAUUGCAAUGCUGUCGCGGAGAGCUAAAGAACCUUGAUGCUGCUGCCAAAAUUGCUGUCACGGACCGUUUAUUAAAGCCUUUUGGGGUCUAGUUUUCCUCACCCUCAUCAAGCAUGAACAGCUAAGUCUAGACACUGUCAUGCCUCUAAAAUCCUUCCUAAUUGUAUAUAUCAUUUAGAUUUCCUUGUCUGACUUUCUUGUACCAUUCAAAUGUAUAUGUUUGUCAAUAAUUUGCAAAAACAGAAUAAACUUAAUUAUUAUUCUCUACU